UGAGUAUUGAACAGACUGUGUCCUUGAGCGGGCCGCCUCCGCCAAAUUAGGUUUUUUCGCCAUGUCGGGUAGGACUGCCCUGUUCGGAAGGCCUCAGCAAUCUCAAACACGUCAUUUACUGCAAUUCAAAGCAGGGAAAAUGACUAUUGGUGACGAUAACUGGGUUCAUGCUGACCCUCGCAAGGGAUGGGUGUAUGUUUAUCAGUCCGGGGAUGGAAAGUUACACUUCUGUUGGAUCGAUCGCAAAACGUUUCUUGUUGAAGAUAAUUUCGUCAUUAAUGCCAAACAGGCUGAGUUUCAAAAGAUUCCACAAUGUACAACGGGUAGAGUUUAUCUCCUUAAGUUCAAAGGUCCCAAACAUUUUUUCAUCUGGAUGCAAGAACCCAACGGAAAAAAUGAUAGUGACAUUUGUUCAAGAAUAAACGACUACAUUAGGUCUCCACCCGCACAAACUACAACACUCUCAAGUGACUGGCUUAGUCGUUUUGAAAGUCUUAACCAACUUUCUCACAGCGAUAUUCUGGCUUUGUUGUCGAUGGGGGUAGGGCUUGGAGGUGGAUUAACUUCGGAAUCUGAUAUAUCAUCUGCUCAAGCAAAUGCUGUGACAAUCGGGCGUCAUUUAAAUACGGGACACCUAGAUGAAUCUAAUGUAUCUACACCUGUCAUUGGGACUACUGCCACACCAUCUUCAGGAACUUCAUCCACUGGCGGUAACUCUCUACGCCCAUCUACAACCGAUAAACGACUUGAAGCUGGGAAAAUACAACUUCAGGACUUGAGAAAUAUCCUCUCAUCAAUCUCUACUGGAAUGCGGAGUUCAUCAAAUGAUGCAAAGGUAGAAUUAAACGAUGUCUUAAACGUAGAUAACUUACAUUCACUUUUGAAUAAGCCGGAUAUUCAAGAAAGAUUGUUGCCUCAUCUUCCUCCUCUGGAUCCUGAAUCAGCGAGUACAAAUGACUUGGAAAAUAUCACUGCAAACAUUCAGUCAUCUCAGUUCAAAACCACUUUGAAAUCCUUCUCAGCUGCUUUUCGUACAGGUGAACUCGCCCCUGUUUUGGCUCAAUUCAAUUUGGGUAUAAAAGCCGAUGAAGCUGCAAGACGAGGUGAGUUAUUUUAAACCUCACUUGUUGAUUAUCGGACUGGCAAUAAAUGUCGUAAACUUUCGCACGAUAAAUGUCAUUCAAAUGAAAGCGCGUGUUUUCACAAAAUAAUCCUAAAUCACAGCUUCAUGUUAAAAUGAAGGAGACACAUUUUUUGGGACGGUAUGUUCUAUAAGUACAACUUAGAUAACUAAUAAUUAAUUUUAAUUCCAAUUUCAGACCUGGUGGCGUUUUCAAAUGCACUCCAAGGAAAAACAACUGAUACAACCUCUCAACCCUCAAAUGACAGCGGUUCGAAUGUCACCCAAAGUACGACUUCUCAGGAAUCAUCAAAAGACAAGUCAGACCAUAAAAAGGAAGGAAAAACUAUUGCAGAUACUAAAGCUGAUAAAAAGGAUGAGUCUUUUGAUGACAAUAAAAUGGACACAGAUUGACCAAUGUCAAAGCUGUAUUAGCUAAAACUUUAUUACAUAUAUUCAUUACAUUGCGUUAAAUCGACUGAUUGAGGUUGAUUAAAAUUAUAUAUAUAUAUUAGCAAGAAUAUUUUGGCAUGCUUACACCGACGAACAAAAACUCACUUUAACCUUAUCACUUGCAGAUUUGCUCUUUGACGUUUGUUUCUGCGUAUGUAUUCAGAGCAUCCAUGAAUUUUUCUGUCUUUUUUUACAAUAUUUACAAAAUUAGUUUUUGAAUAAAAAUAAAAUUGAAGGCUAAUGUCUGUAACUUAUUUGUUUUUUCCCUACUACUGGUGAUAAUAAUAAUAAUAGCAUUAAAA